AAGAUGGCAGGGCCGGUGAAGGACCGUGAAGCGUUCCAGAGGCUCAGCUUCCUGUACCAGGCCGCCCACUGCGUCCUUGCACAGGACCCCGAGAACCAGGCGCUGGCGAGGUUCUACUGCCACACAGAGAGGACCAUCGCGAAGUGGCUGGUCUUGAGGCGAGACCCCUCGGUGAAGAGGACCCUCUGUCGGGGCUGUUCUUCCCUCCUCAUCCCAGGCCUGACCUGCACGCAGCGCCAGAGACGCUGCAGGGGACAGCACUGGACAGUACAGACCUGCCUAACAUGCCAGCGCAGCCAACGGUUCCUCAACAAUCCUGGGCAUGUGCUCUGGGGAGACCGGCCUGAGGCCCAGCUGGGGAGCCAGGCAGGUAAAUGUUAAGCUUUGUGAGAGUCUGGAUGGUGUGACUGAGUUUUCCAGAGCCCCACGACCCCAGACACCUGAAGCCCUGCAGAGAGGAAAGAUCAGAUGCUGCACCAGUCAACCCGCCCAGCUGCUGCCAACCCGUC